UUUGUGUUUCCCGCACCGUCAAUCAAAAUAGAAACAAUUGACUAGAAUCACGGAUUGCAGCCAGCCUUCGAAUACUGUAAGCAUGUUUCGCUUGUGGUAAUACAGAGAUUCUGCGAAAUAAAAUAAUUCACGCAAUGACUGCCCCAGAACAGCCAGUGAAACAAGAGGAAAUGGCUGCCUUGGACGUGGACAGCAAUCAAAGCGAGUUUCUGCAGCAAGACUGUGGCACAGGAGAUCAGGACACUCAGUCGUCAUCGCUCGCUCUGCUGGCAGCUACCUGCAGCAAGAUCGAGUCGGCAUCAUCAGAUGGGGGUAACGGUGCUGCCGCUGUAGUGACGACAGACCUAACAUCCAUCCAGUUAACAGGGAACCCAGAUAGAUGGGAGGUUUUGACCCCCACAACAACACGGAAGGAGGAACCUGGCGCGGUCCAUAUCCAGAGUCGGGGGAUCGUGACAUCAAACGGACAGUAUGUUCUUCCUCUCCAGAACCUUCAGAGCCAACCUAUCUUUGUGACAUCAGGAAGCGACACAUCCGCCAACACAGUGCCUAACAUUCAGUACAUUCAGACAGCUGAUGGACAGCAACUGAGCUUCUCCACCUCCAGUGAGGAGGGGGCCACUCUGAGCCAAGAUGCCACAGGGCAGAUCCAGAUCUUGCCUGACGGAACUCAGACUAUAAGUGUGACUGGGGCUGGAGACAUCCUUACUAAUAACCAGAACCUCAUAUCACAGACUGGUCAUGUCCAGCAGAUCCAGGGUGUUUCUAUCGGCAGCUCCACCUUUAACAACCAGGGACAGGUUGUCACUAAUGUGCCUAUGGGGUUGCCAGGGAACAUCACCUUUGUCCCCAUUAGCAGUGUGGACUUGGACUCCCUGGGCCUCUCUGGUGCUCAGACUAUAGCAACAGGGGUCACUUCUGAUGGCCAGCUCAUCAUGACCAGUCAGCGUGUGGACAGCUCUGAGAGUUUGGAGAAGACAGGUGAUCAGCUCUCGCAAACACUGUCUGUAAAUGACUCGAAUGCUAAUGCAGACAUGUAUGUGCCAACGUCCUCCGCCCAGCUGCCUGAGGCCAUGGAUGAGACGGGUGUUCUAACCCAAGCCCCAGAGCAGACAGACCCCUCUGGUCUCCAGGAGGGCUACAUUCAGCAGAACCAGGUCCAGAACAUCCAGGUGUCCUCAGGCCAGUCCAUCAUCCAGCUGCAACAGGUGCCAGUCCAGACCAGUGAUGGUCAGGUGGUCCAGGCAGCAGGGGGACAGACCAUGCAGAACGUUCAGCUCAUCAACCCAGGGACCUUCAUCAUCCAGGCCCAGACCGUCACGGCCUCAGGGCAGAUCCAGUGGCAGACCUUUCAGGUGCAGGGGGUCCAGAACCUCCAGAACCUCCAGCUGUCCACCAACCCAGCCCAGCAGAUCACACUUGCCCCAUUGCAAACCCUGUCUCUGGGCCAGGGAGAAGCGCAACAGAUCCCCAACCUGCAGACUGUGACUGUCAACUCUUUGGUCCAGGCAGGGAUUCAGUACCAGCAGGCAGAGGACACCAACAGCCCUGGAGACGUCCAGAUAAAGGAGGAGCCGGACUCAGAGGACUGGCAGCUGGGCAGUGACUCCACUCUGAACACCAGUGACCUUUCCCACCUGCGGGUCAGGCUAGAGGACGAGGAGGACCAGCUCGGCGAGGGGGGCAAGCGGCUACGCAGAGUGGCCUGCACCUGCCCCAAUUGCAAAGAGGCUGGGGGGAGAGGAUCCAACAUGGGGAAGAAGAAGCAACACAUCUGUCACAUUCCGGGCUGUGGGAAGGUGUACGGGAAGACGUCCCACCUGCGCUGGCACUCAGGGGAGCGGCCCUUCGUCUGCAGCUGGAUGUACUGUGGGAAGAGGUUCACACGCAGCGACGAACUGCAGAGACACAGAAGGACACAUACAGGGGAGAAGAAGUUUGUCUGCCCGGAAUGUUCCAAGCGCUUCAUGCGGAGCGACCACCUGGCCAAGCACAUUAAAACUCACCAGAACAAGAAAGGAGUCAUGAACUCUGUGAGCAACGCGGUGGUGGGCUCCAUGGAGUCCGCGGGCUCGUCAGACAGCAUCAUCACGGCGGGCGGCACCACCCUCAUCCUCACCAACAUCCAGCAGGGCUCCAGUAACUCCCAGGACAUCCUGGCCAAUGCUGAAAUCCCACUACAACUGGUCACUGUAGCAACCGGAGAAGUCCUAGAGAUGGCCGAGUCACAGUGACACUCACUUGCUCAUCACUCAUUUUCCCUGCUUGUUUUUUUAUAUACAUGAAUGAAAUAUAUAUAUAUAUUAUUUAUUACCAGUCAAAAGUUUGGACACACCUACUCAUUCCAGGUUUUU